AAUUUCCUGGAGUGCCAGAGUCGCCGGGACUUCUUCCGGGUUCCUCUCUCAGUUUGUUUUGAUUGGACGCAUCCGCGGACAGCUCAACGUGACAAAAAGUCACACUCCGCGGCCGUAACUGGCGUUUUCCCCUCAAACUUACGCGAAGGCUCGGCUGAAACGUAAGAUGUCCUCUUGAGUUUCUGCACAGCGGUUCGACCUCGGUAAGGGCGGACAAGCGACUUCACCGUGAUUUCAUCCUGACCUGAGACACCUGUUGCUCCGGUUUCGGCGGACAGGUGCCACCUUCUCCUCACGCAGGGAGCAGCGCCGGGUCGAGGGACGACCGGGACUUGGAUUCGUUUCUUGACUCGUUCUCAAAAGUAACUUGACUUCGUAGCUGCUAUGAAAGUUACAGUGACUUUCGGGGACACGGCGGUGGUGGUUCCCUGUAAAGCCGGGUGGACCGUCCGGGAUUUAAUCGACCAAGCCACGCGGAGGUUCCGGAGGAUUUUGGAGCAGCAUGGCGAGAGUGCAGUGAAAACCCACCACUUGGAGUACACUGAAGGAGGUAUCCUGGACAUGGAUGACCUGCUGAGUGAUCUCGUGGAAGACAGAGACAAGCUGGUCGCAGUGUUUGAUGAAGUCCAGCACAGGAGGACAGACAGUCCCAGAGAGAACAUGUCUAGCUACUCCAGUGCUGCCCCCAGCCCUGAACCACUCCACUACUAUGCCCACCUGCAGUACAAGGAGCCAAUCAGAGGAGAGAUUGAAGUCAAUGAGGCUGUCCUCAAAGCCAAUACACCUCUGUUGGUGAGGAGCAGCAGUGACUCUGUUUUAGCCCCGCCUCAUGAGAAGACAGCCACACCAACACCUGAUGACCAAAGUAACGGAUCUCUUGAACUGAGAGUCAACCAUGUACUGAAAGGAGCUUUGGACCGACUGUGCCCAGACGACCCUCCUGCCAAAAUGAGCCAGGUUAACUUCAGCACCCUUACGAAGACAGUGGAGUUUCAAAGUGACCGGGGGCCCCUGGGUAUCCAUGUGAUCCCCUACUGCUCCUCUCUCAGUGGACGGACCCUGGGCCUUCAUAUUAAAGGCAUCGAGGAAAACAGUCGCUCCAAAAGAGAGAACAUCUUCCAAGAAGAUGAGUGUAUCGUCCAAAUCAACGACACACCACUCCAGGACAAGACAUUCGUGCAGUCACAGGAAGUGUUCCGGCAGGCCAUGACCAAUUCCAACUCCUCAGUAUGUCUUGAGGUCCUCCCUGUAGCCAACAAGCUGCACUACGAGAAGAGCCUGAUAGGUCAUCUUUUCACCGGCGACGCCAAAGACUCCUCUACAAAAGCAAAGAGUCCGAUGGUUGUGCGUGCCAAAACCAACUCCCAACCAGAACUCAAACCAGAUUCCAAACUGAAAACCAAAGUAGAGGUUAGGCGACCAGACACGCGUGCCAAGACCCCAGAGCCUGCUGCAGUAAACAUACCACCAGUGGAGCUCCAGUCUGGGCAAGGCUCCUUGGAAAGAGUCUCUCCCACACGUCCAACCAGAGCAGCAAGCUCUUCCCCGACACCCAGGGCCCGCAGUCAGAGCCCCCUGGCCAGUAAGAGCCCUGGUCUUCCCGGCCUGGCUAACCUUAGCAGCAAGAAGGGCGGAAAGCGGAUAAAGAUUGAGCUGAAGAAAGGCACAGAGGGUCUGGGCUUCACCGUGGUAACCAGGGACUCCUCGGUCCACGGGCCAGGGCCAAUCCUGGUGAAGAACAUCCUCUCACGAGGCGCUGCAAUCAAAGAUGGCCGCCUGCAGCCUGGAGACCGAAUCCUGGAGGUGAAUGGAGUAGACAUGACAGGCCGUAGCCAGGAGGAACUCGUGGCCAUGCUGCGCAGCACCAAGCAGGGAGAGAGUGUGUGUGUGGUGGUGGCACGGCAGGAGGACAUCUUCCUGCCUCGGGAACUGAAAGGUGAGGAAGCUAGCAGUCUGAUGUUGGAGGACGGCAGGGAGCAGCUGAUGUACGAGAUCCCCCUCAAUGAAACAGGUUCGGCCGGCCUGGGGGUCAGCCUGAAGGGCAACAAGUCCAGAGAGACAGGCGAAGACCUGGGUAUCUUCAUCAAGUCCAUCAUCCACGGAGGGGCCGCUUACAAGGAUGGUCGGUUGAGCGUAAACGACCAGCUGAUAGCAGUAAACGGCGAGUCGCUGCUUGGACGCUCCAACCACGCGGCCAUGGAGACACUGAGACGCUCCAUGUCGUCAGAGGGAAAUGCCAGGGGCACCAUCCAGCUUGUAGUGCUCCGAGCACCCCGACAGGUACAGCAGAUGGGCAGUGCCAACCCUGCACCAAGCAGAGCUGCAAAUGUCUCCAACAUCCAUCAAUCCAACCCACAAACUGGCUCCACCAAUCAGGAGCAUAGGGGCCAUGAUGCAUACCAGAAACCUUCAGGACAUUCUGGACACCCAAACACAGAGCCCACCAGCAACUCUGGAAGCGCUCCAUAUCCUGCUGCGACAACCAAUGGCAGCUACGGUCACUACGGCAACGAGGAUGGAGAGUUGGAGGAAGGUUUCCCACCGCCACCCUCCCCCGGUGCUGUGGAGGAAAUGAAUAGAGACUUGCCUCCAACUCCCCCACAUCACAGUGAGUUUCAGGUGCCGCCCCACAUGGCUGCAGCUUUCUACAGCCAACUGGGCAAUGACAAGGACAACAUACCUCGCAACAGAGCAUCCAAAAGCAUGGACAUGGUGGCUGACGAGAGCAACAUGGGAUCACUGGUCGGGCACAGGAAGGAACCAUCAGCUGGUGGAGCACUGGGCCCGACCCUGGGCCUCUGGAAGUCCAGCUCCCUGGAGAGCCUCCAGACGGCUGUGUCGGAGGCCAAGCAAAGUCGUAUCCAAACCCAGGUGCCCUUUCAUCGCCCACGGCCACACAUGGUCCGGGGGCGGGGAUGCAACCAGAGCUUCCGCAUCGCCAUCGACAAGUCGUACGAUGGACCUUCUGAAGAUGAUGACGACCUGUCAGAGCAGAGCUCCGGUCAAGAAACACCCGCCAGCAGUUCCUCACGCCAGGGCCUGGAUGCAGAGGAUGGAAAGAAGAAGAAGAAAACCAAAGGGAAGAAGAAAGAGAAAAAGAGCAAAGGGAAGAAGAAGACAGAUGAUUCUGUGGAGAAUCUGGAUAAGAAGACCAAAAAGAAAGGAUUUGGCCUCUUAAGGUUUGGCAAGAAGAAAGAAGACAAAAGCAAAGAUGCAGCAAAAACAUCCAAAAGUAAAUUGGAGGCUCUGAGUGAGGAGGAACUGGACAGGAACCCUGACUACAGAGAUGGCUACAGUCCACGUUACACUGAGAUCCACUCUGGCCACGUCACCCCCGACCCGGCCUCCCUCCCCGAUGUGGAAGAUGACGACAGUGACCCCAACUACGCCCGCAUCAAUAACUUCUGCCAGCCACCCUCCCCUCACUCAUUCAUUAGUCGCACGCCCUCCCCUGCGGCACCAGUAUUGGGGACUAACCUUCCUCAGGCCUCCUCUGAGGAGCUGGACGGGCUCUACGCCAAAGUCAACAAGCCCAGACCUCCACCUGCUCUGCAGAACCAGCAUCACCCACAAGCAGACAGUGAUCAGCGUUUCCAGGGGUUGCGUAGGGAGUACCAGCAGGCCCGAGCUGCUCCAGUCUACGAGGAGCUAGACGCUGCACGACGCCUAGUUCUGGAGAACGACCCGCACCGGAUGGCACCAAGAGCAGCUGAAUCUCAACCUGCACACCGCUACAAAGAGACUGACCGACAGUACCCCACACAUGCCAGGAGGGAUCCAUAUGAUUACCCCACCCACUCAAGACCCGUGCCAAAACAGUCAGCCCCCUACCCCGGCCCCUACCACGACCCUCCCGUUCCCAGCCACCCGGGCCGUGUACCACCCCCCCAGUCGGGCACCCAGUCCCAGCAGGCACCCAGCAAUCAACGCUACCCCCCGUCAUCUCCUCACGCUGGACACCAGCACCGCAAGCCGGUAAGGCAGGACAUCCCCCCUUCGCCCUCUGCAGGCCGCAGAGGGCGGCACUACUACGAAGCCGUUGGAGGGCGAGCAGACGGCUACCAGGAGGCCAGCCCAGAUAGGUACCCCGUUGCCAGGGAGCGCUACACCAGCCCCGAGAGCUACAGCUACGGAGACGAAAGACAACCCGACCCGAGACGGAAGAACCCCGUGAUAGGUGCGGUGUAAAGGGUACUCAGUAUUCCCCUCGUCUAACAUCUAAGAAUAAGGUGAAUUUGGGUCAUUCACACAAAAAUAGCUCAAAAUUCAUGUGUUUCCAGAUUUGUGAGGUAUAAUAUCAGCAGUCAGCCAGGACGCCACUGUGGAUAAGUGUGAUUUUGCCAUAUUAAUUUAUUUGAUCAGGAACCCUGAGGGCGAUACGUGACAAGCUGAGAGGCUAAAAUAGGGCUUAUUUUUCACAACCAUCUGGUCAUAACUGUCUUCACAGGCCAAGGCAGAUUUAACACGCAUUAAGGACUCCGAUGCGGCUGCACAUAUACACAUGGCUGCAACUGCUUGUAUAUAUUUGCAAAUCUUUCAAUAUACACACUUUUAGAUUAAACUAAUUGGAUCUCAUUUUGACAUAAUUUCUAUAAUGUAGACAUAAAACUAAAUUAAGGGAAAUCAAUUUAAUUACAUAGAUAUAUAGAGUACACUUAGUGCCAUAUGUUGUAUAGAAUCCGCUGUACUCCAGCAAACUGAUGAUGAAGGCAGUGCUGACUGGCAUUUUGCACAAGCUGAUCAAACUGAAGGAAAAGACGACGGAUCACCUUGACCAGCCAGACUGUUCAAACAGAAGAGACACAGGAAGCUAAAGUCGGCAAACAGGAAAAGGAAGGAACUCCCCUUCAAAGUGUCUUCUCGUCCUUGAUGUUUUGUCGCUUGGACUUCCCUUACAUCCUGUUAUAACACUUUGGUUUUGUUUUGUUUUUUCGAUUUUUGCCUUGUGUAGAUGUGGACGUGGCAGUUAAAAUUGCUGUAUAUUUUUUAAACAUAUAAAUGUAUUGCAAAUGAUUUUAUCUGUGAUAUUUUUGUGGCGUUUCUAAUAAGAUGUAUAGAUCUAACAGUGUGCUGCAUGACUCCUCAUACACUGUGCAGCUCAUAGAGAGUUUAAUUAUCCAUUUUAUCCUUCAACAUAUCAUUGCUAAAAGUCACUGCACUGAAAAUUCAUUAAAUGUGUCAAUGGUGGUUUGAUUUAAACAUGCUG